AUGCCGCCGGGGUUUAACGACUCGUGCUCGGCGUUUUUCCGAAAGCAUUUCGACAUCUUUGACCGCGACAAGAUUGGGCGCGCUCGAAAUGAAGACUUUGCCCCGUUGAUUCGUGCCUGCGGUGCUACCCCGUUAGAGGCCAGCAUCGAGGAUCUUCUAGCCAUCGCAGACCCGAGUCACCGUGGCAGCUUCAGUUUUGACGACUUCUGCGCAGCUCUGAAGAAGGCGUUUGCAGUUUCGAUAUCCCCACAAGAAGUGCGUGAGGCAUUUCAGGGCUUUGACCCAGACAAGCGUGGCCUCAUCAGCCCGCACGAGCUCCGUUACUUUCUCACCACCAUGGGCGACGUUCUCAGCGUCGAGGAGAUGAACGAAUUUGUGGAGGAGAUGCGCUCCGAGAUGGACAUCGAGGGCAACCUGGUCGUGGCCGACAGCAUCUACAAAAUGACUCCGGAGAUGUUCCGCUAG